UUUUUCUUUAUUUGAGUAGACCUAAAAUCAUUUGUUUAUUUCGUGCCUCCCUUCCAGACAAUUUUCGGCGGGCACAUCUCGGGCCGGCGUCUCCGUGGCGUGAAGAUCAACCCCAUCUAUCAAGAGAACGACAAUGGUCGCCAUGGAGACGCCGGGGACAGCCAAUCAGACAGCGGCAUGCCGGUGGGCGAAAUCCAGAUCGAGGUUUACGAAAGUAUCCCUCGGCACCGCAACGCCAGGAAGUACAGCUCGGACCCCAACCUCGUCCACUCUUCCCCACAACACCAGAAUCAUCGCCAGGGGCCUCCAGAAAAUGGGGCUGGUCGAGACUCACCCCGGCACUGGCCGCCCAAAGGUGAUGGGUACUACCUGUGCAGCGGUCACGAGACACCAACGGGGGAAGAAGAUCCCGAUGCGAAGCCACUGCACUUUUCAGACAUCAGUCUCUCUCACCUCUAUCCUCAUAGUGACAUCACCACGAAAGAGGAUGACGUUAUCGCGUCUGAAGACGACCCGGAAACGUGUUCGGGUAAAGAUGAUCAAUCGAGACAUCAAAAACAGCACCGAUCUUGGCAACAAGCAGGGAGAAGUUUGAAGAAACAGCUUACGAGGCAGACAAGGAUUGACGCAACCACCGAAGACCCGGACCUCAUCGAGGUUCUUCCGGACGAUGCUUCACCGUCGACGUCUGGGUAUUCAUCUCCCUCUGGGGGCGCCUCCUCUUCCUUCUCCUCAUCACCCAACACAAACAACUCCAGGAAAGGUCGGCCGACGUCCGCUCGCAGAAAGCGACAGCUGAGUGCAGUUGAAGAACAACAUGGAGGGGCUGAGACUGAGACUGUUGACAAGCAAGAUUUUGGUUUUACCUCUGGGAGUCAUAGCAGGGAUACAGAAGACUCAAACCCCGCUGACGAUAAGCAGGGAUGUGAGCAGGGUAAGGUUAACGAUCUGAAACAGAUUAGAUCCAGUGAAGAAAAGUUACAUUUCGUUGCCUUAUCUGGAGGAAAAGUAGGAAAAUAUGACGAACUGUUCCCAGAUCAAGCCGAAAAUUUUACAUCUGAGAGUGAGCGUCCGGACGCGAUAAGUGUCACGAACGAAUCUAAUCAGAUUAGUAUUUCGAGCAAAGAUAUCGCUACUCUGCCUCGUAGUAAAGCCCUUUACUCCCUCGACAAAAUUGCCAUGUUGCCUUCUUAUAAUGAUCUUAACUGCAACCCUUCUGUAUAUUCAGUGGACUUUAUCAACAACAACUUCGAUACAGUGCCAGACAGAAUGUUACCUCAUAACAACAGCCCACUAUCAUCUGUUCUGCAUUAUAAAAGCCCCACAAAUGGAUUCUUACGUCACGAGCCAUCACUGGAAAAGGAAGGCGUCUUAGUUUGUGAUGAGAAAAGCAUCAAAGCUAUGUACACCAUCUCCGGGACAGGCUCACUCGAUUCGCAGCAAAGAACAGCUCAUAAGUUGAUGCCUUUUGCAUGUGAGUGCGGCGGUAAACCAACUCUAAAAUGCGCUUGUGGAAGAGACGCCUUAGAGAAGCUUCUUCGUCAAAAGAAUCUUCUCAGGGACAACAUAGACGACAAUCAGGGCCCGGCUUGUCAAUUAUCGCCUUCUAAAAUAUCAAAUAAAUCUAGCGAGAAUAGUAAAAACGGCACAAUACAAUCGAUCAAUGACCUGAACUUACGUAAGUCAGGAAUUCAUCUUUCAGAUUCUAACAACAGUGCCUUUGAUAACGCUGAAUUUAAAAAAGCGAACGGAACACUUGAUGAAAAUGAUGAAGAGGUGUAUGGCUAUGGAAACAAUGGCCUUAAUAGCACAAUAAAUGAAGAAGAAGAUUUCCAAGGUGGCAGACAUCCGAAAAACGAUGAUUCACUCCACCCACGAGAGCCUCCUCGCUCUAUCUUAGUCGGUAACGCUCCACAGAAGCGCCACAUUUCCAACAUCGAAUGCCGCAUGGUCACUUUCUCUAAAGACACUAUUUUCAACGAAGGAAAGCACACAAAAUACAUCAAAGAGUGUAUCAGCCCCACUGAUCUCCUCAUCCGGGCCUCUGACUUCAGUGACCAGGACGACAGCACCUACGACAAUCCUGUUUUUGAUGAGGAUGACGAUGGAAUUUACGGUGAUGAUGAACUAGGGGAAGACUAUGACCUUGACGAGAACGGAGAGCCUUCGGUUUCCAAACCAAAGAGAAAGUUUUCAUUCAAGCAUCCAGUUUCCAGAAACAAGAUUUCAGCUAACGACUCCGUGCUUCUGAAGGUAGUACUACCGUCGGCGGCGUCAAAAGAAGUAUGGCAGUGACGGCGACGUGCAGGAGUGGCUGAGAAAGCUCAACAGACCCAGGAAGAUCAAGAUCUGCGUCAUCAUCGUCGUCAUCAUCGCUGUCGUCAUCACCGGUAUCGCUCUGGCUAUCUACUACGGGACACCUUCUGGCACAGGGGAAUCGAGUUCUUUAGUGGGGAGCGAAUCGGUGGCCUCUGGCCCAGGGGGUUUUGGACCUAUAAUGAUAUAGUAUUGACUCUUUAAAGACGUUAUAGCAGUCAAAUAUGUUUUAGUAAGCGUUUUACGGCACUUGCAACACAAUAAGGUUAUGUAAGUGCCGAAGAUGUGUGGC